CUUUCUUGGGAUCGUGUUCAAGGGCACAAUUGUUUGGGUAGGGGUUGCAACUAAUAAGGUCGUGUGAAGCAGCAGACGUAAUUUGAAGAAAAUUUGAAGGAACAAAUGGCUUUAGCUGGCUGCCCAGACUCCUUUUUACAUCUUCCCUAUCGGAUAGACAAUGUAGAUCAGACUUCAGCUCAUGGUCGGCGGGAUCUGGUGGAACCGGGAUUCCAAGAACCGUCUAACCGCAUCGCCCUAAAUCACCAAGAUGAUGAUGUGGACCUAGAAGCUUUGGUAAAUGACAUGAAUUCCUCAUUUGAGAGCUUGUACUCCACGUGCAGCAUGCAGUCAGAAACCACUCCGCUCCUUCAGAAUGGCCAGCUCAGUCGCAGUCAGUUGCCAGCCUCAGGACCCAGCUCCUUGCAGCCCGCAUCCCCAAGGCAGAAGGUGCAGCGGUCACAGCCAGUGCGCAUUAUGGCAGUCAGACGUCUGCAGGAGGAAGAACAGCAGUUCAGAACGUCAUCUUUGCCAGCCAUACCAAACCCGUUCCCAGAACUCUGUAGUCCUGCAAGCUCUCCGGUGCUGGCCCCUGGAUCUUUACCUCAGAGUCAACCUGCUAGUAAACAUGAUGUAAAAGUCUUUAGUGAAGAUGGAACAAGCAAAGUGGUGGAGAUUCUAGCAGACAUGACAGCCAGGGACCUCUGCCAGCUGCUGGUUUACAAAAGUCAUUGUGUGGAUGAUAACAGCUGGACUCUAGUGGAGCAUCACCCUCACCUAGGAUUAGAGAGGUGCCUGGAAGAUCAUGAGCUCAUAGUCCAAGUCGAGUCCACAAUGGGAAGUGAAAGUAAAUUUUUGUUCAGGAAGAAUUACGCAAAAUAUGAAUUUUUCAAAAAUCCCAUGAACUUCUUUCCAGAGCAAAUGGUUGCCUGGUGCCAGCAAACGAAUGGCAGUAUUCCACAGUCACAACUUUUGCAGAACUUUUUAAACUCCAGUAGCUGCCCUGAAAUUCAAGGUUUCUUGCAUGUGAAAGAGCUGGGUAGGAAAUCAUGGAAGAAAUUGUAUGUGUGUCUGAGGAGAUCAGGACUUUAUUGUUCUACAAAAGGAACUUCAAAGGAGCCAAGACAUUUGCAAUUGUUAGCUGACCUAGAAGACAGCAAUAUCUUCUCGUUGCUAGCUGGCAAGAAGCUGUACAAUGCACCUGCAGACUACGGUUUUUGUAUAAAGCCCAACAGAGUGAGAAAUGAAACUAAGGAAUUGAGGUUGUUGUGUGCUGAAGAUGAGCAAAGCAGGACGUGCUGGAUGACUGCCUUUCGACUUCUCAAGUAUGGAAUGCUACUGUAUCAGAAUUACAGAAUUCCCCAGCAGAGAAAAGCCAUGCUUCCACACUUUUCCACUCCAGUAAGAAGUGUAUCUGAAAACUCACUAGUAGCAAUGGAUUUUUCGGGGCAAAUAGGAAGAGUUAUUGAAAAUCCCGCUGAAGCACAGAGUGCUGCCUUGGAAGAAGGACAUGCUUGGAGGUGUCCAGAGGAAAGUUGAGGGGGAAAGCAGACCCACCAGAACUUUACUGCCAGUUUGCAAAACCAGUCUCUGAGGAGGAAUAUGUCAAAUUAAAUGCUUCCCCACAUGGAAGAGGCUGGGGCUCUGACUAAUGGCU